AUGGACAUAAACUUGGCAACCUAUCUUCUGGCCGUGUCGACGCUGCUCACGUUACAUUUGGGUAAGAGUUACCGCUAUUAUACUUUCUUUGAUCUGUUUAGAGUUGUAUUCUGGUCUAGCUAUACAAUAAUUUGCCUAGUGUCUACCGUAUCUUACAAAAGUAAAUUAAGAAUUUAACUUUAACUGUAGUAGUAACACCGUUUUACCAUUUCACUACCUUCCUAUCUUGCCUUCGAAACCUUUGACAACCUAAUACCUAUACCUAAAAGUCGAAACCCUCUAAGUGUAUUAAGUAGGUUCAUUCACUCGGAAAGAAAGUUUCUUCCGGUCGAAUCGGAGCACUUCCUGUCCAGUAAUCUUUUGUUUGUCUAAGUAUUCGGGAGGUAGAGGUGUUCGAAUGUCAGCUAUGGAUAUGGUGACAUAUUACAUUACAUAAUAGGUUCAUAUAUUAGGUAUUAAACCUAAUAUACGGACCUACUGACUGUAACUUGGAAAGACAUAAAGAAGGUACUUGAAUAUAAAUGAAUAGAUAACAACUUCUAAUCUUAAUUUCUAAAUACAGUACCUUUUCAGUAUCGUCCCUAGAAUGUAUUCAAUGUGACCGACACGGUGCCUGGUAUUCUCCAGAAGAGACAGAACGACACGUUCAGAAAUGUCAAAAUGGUCUGAUCGACCCCACACCUUGUUUGAAUGCCAGCCAUACCCACUGUAUAUACAGCUACUAUCGACAAGGCGUGUCUAAUGGUAUGUUUUCACUAUUUCACAUAUUUUAUAAUACAGUUUUUUAAAAGCUUAAAUUAUAUUUUUUCCAUAAAAAUAUGAAUAUCUUUGACGCGAUUCUUAAGACCAACUUUUUUUAUCAACUACAGUUAAGCCUUAACAUUAUUUUUGAUUAAAACAAUAUUAUUCAAGACUAAACGAGUGCCAUUUCCUAUUAUCCAAACCUAAAACAGUGCUAUUUCUAAGUAGUGUUCUCGCAGUGUCCGCUGGCAUGUUUUAUAGGCCCUGGGGGGAUGCGGCGGGGUUUAAUUAAAAUGCGGCUCAAACUAAGCCUAAGAAUUGGUUUUAAUCUGUCAACAAAGACGGCCGAAGAUAAGCAUAAUUAGUGUGGAGGUAACACUGACAUCCCCACUUCGUUUGGCAGUCAAAUUGAAACGACAUAAAGUUGCCGUUUUGAAUACGACACGCAAAAAUUAGCUGUCGUAAGUGAUACAAUGAAUUCUAGGCCGUUUUAAACGGUUUUGCUCUUGAACUUUGAGCUGAAUUGAUAAAAAAUGUCUAUAUUAAAUUAACUUUUUUGCAUUAGCCAAAAAAAUUAAAAUUUCAAGCAAUCUAUAAUUAAAACACUAGAUACGUAAUAUGACAAUCAUUGCAAAAACACUUAAGACUCUUUUUAACAACACAACUUUUCAGUAAUCACCGUGACUGAGCGGAGAUGUGGCGUAGAAGCUGACAUUCUCGGCUGCACUUUAUACAAAAGUUCUCGAAAACGAAUGAAGCGACACUUUCUGGACUCCAGCCAGAAGACUGGUCAGAAAAGACGCGACACUGACACUUUAUUUGUAGAAGUGUGUACAGAAGGAUGCGAGGGAGACGGCUGCCUGAACUCUGCCUUCAGUUCGGCCGCUUCUGCACUGUUAACGGGUCUUCUAGUGCUGUUCCUCGUUUGA